AUGGUCGGAAACAAAUUCAUUGAAAUUGACUGCGAGAGCUUCCCCUAUGUCUUCAUUAAAAAUGUGGACGUUCCGCUGAAGACAUACGAAAAAGGCAUUCUUCGAUGCAACGUGUAUCUUCCCAAGGAUAGCGCACCUUUUGGCUCAAAGACAUAUCCUGUCAUUGCCACAUACGGACCCUAUGGCAAAGAUGUUCCGUAUGAAAGCUUUUUCAAGAAGAGCUGGGAUCAGGUUAACCCUGAAAUGAAAUCGACUCAUUCGUCUUGGGAGACUCCCGACCCCGGCUUCUGGACUCGACAGGGCUAUAUUGUUGUCCGUGCCGACGAACGAGGUGCCGGGCAAAGCCCUGGAGAGCUUGACACCAUGUCGCACGGGACCAGCGACGCAUUUUUUGAUCUCAUCGAAUGGGCUGCUGAACAGGAAUGGUCCUCUGGUAAGGUUGGUUUGCUAGGAAUUAGUUACUAUGCUGGCACCCAAUGGCGAGUCGCCGCUCGUCAACCUAAGGGUCUUUCUGCUAUCAUCCCCUGGGAGGGUAUGAGUGACUACUAUCGAGACCGCGUUCGCCACGGCGGUAUACUAUCCGAUCGGUUUAUUGACUUCUGGUGGAACAACGGUGUCCAGCCCAAUCAGUAUGGAAUGCCCGGUCGCACCGCUCGCAAAUGGGGUGAUGAUACCCUGGAGGGCGAUUUGGAUCCCGAAACACUGGUUAAGAACCGCCGUGACCAGACUCUGGACACUGCGACAUAUAAAUACAUGGAUGAGGAUUACUACAAGACAAGGAACUUUGAGCUUUCCGACAUCCAAGUUCCUCUGCUGAGUGUUGCCAACUGGGGUGGAAUUCUUCUUCACUUGCGUGGAAAUGUCAUCGGUUGGGUGCGUGCAUCUUCGCCUUACAAAUUUUUGCGAUUCAUCGUUGGUCGCCACGAUCUGCCUUUCUACUACCCCCAUUCUGCCAGACUGCAACUAUCAUUCCUGGAUGCUUUCCUUAAAGACAAUGACUAUGAUGGCUGGAAGUCGGGCAAGCAACCUCGGGUUAACCUUUAUGUGCGGAAAGGAGAUUCUGGUGUGGAUGACCCUAAGAGAGAAUUGAGUUUCCCCAGCCGUGAUGAGAGCGACUGGCCUAUUCCAGACACUCAGUACACUAGGCUCUUCCUCACUUCCGACCGUAAGCUAUCUCAGCAGCCAGGCCUGGAAACUGCCACUUGCACCUACGAUGCGCUCAACGGUUUCAAGAUAUACCCAUUGUCUAACGAUCUGUCAUGCUCAUGCAGUGAACCAAUCACCUUCAAUUAUCGAACCUCAUCUGUCCUCGAAAUCACCGGCCAUAUCGUUGCCCAUCUGACGGUUUCCUGCUCACGAUCUACUCCUGAUGCAACACCACCCUCGGAAAUUGAUUUGUUUGUCACACUGCGCAAGCUUAACUCCAACGGCCAAGAGGUCUUCUAUACUGGUACUAUGGGUGAUCCAGUGCCUAUUGUGAAGGGCUGGCUACGUACGUCGCUGCGCAAGAUCAACACAGCCCACCCCUCUCAUCAAGAUAUCCUGCCUUAUCGUAACUACUUCGGUAGUGAGGUCCAGCCUGUGAACGAGGGUGAGAGCUACGAAGUUGAUAUCGAAGUGUGGCCUACGAACACUGUUCUCGAGCCUGGUGAGACUCUGGUCCUUGAGAUUGGGGGUCACGAUACCCAGGGCGUGGGUAAGUUCUCCCACGAGCACCCUGAGGAUCGCAGCCCCGAAGCUCUCGGAGGGCUCAAUCACAUUGAAGUCGGUCAAGAGAACAGCUGGAUUGUUCUUCCUGUCAUUCCGCCCCGUCAGGAUGAAAGAGUCUGA